CUCUGGUACCCUUUGCUUAUACAUCUAAGGUAAAAGAAGGCUUGUUCUGUUGUAGAAUUGAUACAAGUGUCUCGGGUGAAUAUUUUGAUUUGGGGAUAAAUCUUAAUGAGCUCCAUUGACUUCAGAAGAAUUAUUAUGGAUUUACAUCAAUGAAACUAAGAUCAGAAUCUGACCCUUGGUAGAAAUUAAUGUAAUUUGUUUGAUUUUUCAACAGCAGAAUUAUGUGGCUAAACUAGCUAUUCCUUUGCCCCAGUCCCAUCUUUCCCAGAUUAAUGUGUAUGUGUGCUGGGAAAAUUUGAACAGGCUGAAUAAUUUCAAAAAUACGGAUCUGAAUGUUUCCCCUUGUAGUAUUUUUGGAUAGUCUUUGUUUUUAAAAUCUUUAACCAGGAUCUUUUCAGCAGAUCAAAUGUAAUUUUUUUCAAAAGUGCCUCAGUGAUUUAGCAGUAGAGCUGGUUGGCGAAACUUCAAUAAAACCAUAUUCCAUCAGAAUAUACAGUGCUGUCAAAAUAAAAAUGCUUUGCUAAAUCAGGUCAAUUUUCCUGGAAUUUAAUUGUGGAAGAAAACUGGAAAGAAGUUUUGAUUUUUUUUGUUUUACUUUGAAACCACUCUUUGUUUUGAAUUGUUUUUAUUUUGUAUUAUAAAGUAUUUUUUUAAAAAGUCAAAACUAAAACAUUUUGACCCACCUGACAUGGAAAUUCUUCAGAAUCUUCCUUUGCAGAGAAUUUAAAAAUAUUUGGUUUGCAUUCCAAUUUGAAGUGAAGUCAAAAUUUGAGAUCUUGAAAUCCUCUAUGAAAUGGAGCAUCCAUCCCUUUCAUAGCUCUGCUUAAUCUAAAUCCCCAAAACAGACUUAAGAACCUAAGUCCCAUUGAAAGUCAAUGGGUCUCAGGCUCCUAAGUCUGUUUUAAAAAUGAACCUUACGAGCUUUUGUAAAUUUUACCCCAAAGCUUUUCAGAGAGCAGCAUAGGAUGAAUACAGCUUAGGUGCAUAUACAGAUAAGCAAUGCAACACUUAAAACAAGAGAAAGAGAUUUUACUACAUUAUGUUCCUAGACUAUAUAUCAUGUCUUUUUAAAACUGGAAAGAUAUUUCAUCAAGUCAGAUUUUCUUUUCCCAUAAAUGUUGCAUGGCACUGCAAUAUACAGAAGACCAAAGAGCAAUACAAGUUGCUAGUUUUCAAGAUGUGUCUGCAAGGGUGGAAAAUGUGUUUAGUUUAUUGUAAUAACACAUUUAUGAAUAAAUAAUAGUAUAAUGUUCACCUCCAAGAGUAACUUUUUAUCUGCUAGUUUCAACAUUGUACCAUUUAUUAGUUCUAUAGUGCCAUCUAGUGUGUGAUUAUAUCAAUGCAAACAAUAAAACGUUUCCCUUUUUUCUAACAACAGGCCCAUUGGGCCUUAUUCUGUUCUCAUUCACAUCAAUUUUAAACAAGUAUAACAUGAUGUAUAUUGACUUUAAUGUAACAUUUUGUGUCUUCGAUGUGUGACUUCAGUGGAAUUACUCUGAACGUGUAUGAGAGUGAGAGACUGUCGCCAUGGUCUGUGCUGCUCAGAUGACAAAUUUCAACCUUAUCUGACUUAGCGAUUCAUAAAUCUUUGUUCUUCCUAUUUGGGCUGGACUUCCCAAGACAAAAUUUUGUCACCAGAACCUGUUGUUUCUGAUGGAGGUGGAUGUAAAGUAGAAAUAGUGGCCAUAUUGGCAUUUUGCCACUUUGAGAACCAUGAUGUACAGAGGCCUAAGAAAAUGAAAAACAAAGUUAGCCAAGCUUUCUCAAGCCUAGAGAGUUGCAGUUUGAAUUUUUGGUGCAGGUUCCCAGGGGCAGGGCAUGCAUGGCUAGAUUCUGGUCUAACUCCACUGAAAGUCACUGGAAUUGCACUUGUGUAAAGUCAGUUAUAGUGAGAGAAGAAUCAGGACUAGGAGACUUAUCCUGGAAUUUGCCUGUAUAAAUGAGAUCAGAAUCUGGGACUCAAUCUUGAAAUCUUUCCAUCAGGUGGGGUAUGCAAUAGGCUGCUUACUAACAAUUUUGCCAAGCAAAUAAUCCCACCCCACGGAGUUUACCAUUUUAGAGUCUGAACUGUUAUGCCAAAGUGUUAAUAAAAUGCAUGUAAUGACUCAAAUAUAUGUGUGACCCAAGCAUGCCAACUGGCAGAUGGCUUAGGGGUACAUAUGGGUACAGGGAUCCCCUGGUCAAAUAAUGUCCAUGUUGAAAGCCUGUGUCACACUGGUCCUCAUAGUCAUUAUGAGAUGUACGUAUGGAAAAUGUGUGAGGAGUUAUGUGUAUAUGCUGAAAAUUACGUUCUCUGGGCCUUGCAGUUAAAGGCAGGUCACAUAAAGUUAGCAUGCCUUGCAACAAACAUCUCCAGACAGAAGGUGUGAGUUGGACCACUGUGAAUCUCACAAUAUAAGUCUUUUAGCACACUGAGACAAAUGCUAAUGAAGAGCUUGUGGAAGCUUCAGAAGGAGAUUAACAGGAAGAGGUGAACAACAGAGGGAGACUGGAACCCUAUUUUCAGAUGAUCAUCAAAGGUCUGAUUUGGUCUAUGUAGGUAAGAUGAACCCUCAGGUAUCCUUCCGUCUGUGAGGACAAGCUGCUAGUAGGCUUGAUUUUAUGAAAGGGGGAUCCUAGCCAACUGGUCUGAAAAUGCUGGGGAAAAGGACUUUUUAAGCUCUCUUGUAUGAGACAGGGAACUAUCUUAUGCAGUGUAAUUGUAUCUGUGUUGGUCCCAGGAUAUUAGAGAGGACCUCCCGAGGUCCCUUCCAACCUGAUAUUCUAUGAUUCUAUGAGGCAAGGUGUGUGAGUUAAUAUCUUUUAUUGGACCAACUUCUGUUGGUGAGAGAGACAAGCUUGUUUGGUGAUUUAAGUCUAGGCUCUAGAAAGUGUAUUUUGAUUUUGUUUGAUAUGUAACCAUUUGUUUCCAAUAUUCUUACUUCCUAUUAUUUGAAUCUCUGUCCUUUGAUAAUAAACUUUAUUCUUGUUUUCACUAUAAACAUAUCUGUGUGCUGCGUGUUAUGUGGAGUGGUGAUUCUGAGCUGAAUCUUACAAGCGUUGGGAGCAGCACCUCAGCGAGUUCUGAGAGUGUUCAGUGGAACAGGGACUGGACACUCCAAAGGGACACUUGGAGGACUCGGGUUAGAGAGUCCCUAUCACUAACCUGUAUGGAGAGAGCAAGGUCUGCAGAGGCUUGGCACGUAGCGCUUGUGUCGUCAGAGGUUAAGGGCAAGGUGCCUUGCAACCUGGGGUAGGGAAGUGUCACAAUAAGUAUGCAAUAUGAAACACUUCAUAUGUAGAGGGCCUGGCCCCAGGGACACCAUACUGUAACAGCAUCCAGAUGGUCGCUAAGGGAUGUGGAUUAAGCCUUCUCGUGCGGAUGGGGUUAGUAGAGAAGCUGUCCCCACAUAAAUCUGUAGCGGUUCUUUUCUGUUGCAGAGCCGCUAUGCUAAAGCAGGGUUAAUGUCCAGACCCUCCAAUAUACCCCAUACAGGCCACAGCUAGGAUUUUCCAAGAUAACAAAUUCAGGGGCCCAGAUAAGAAAAAGGAAGAUAGGGCUUGUCUGGACAACAGUUUUAGCAAUACACAUUUUUAUUCUAAUCUAGACAAGCCCAGUGGGCUGAAGCAGUCAGUGACCAAGAGAUCUAGGCCCUUAUCUUGCCCUGUUGAAGUUAGUGGGAGUCUUUACAUUGGGUACAGGAUCAAGCCCUUAGAGAGCAACUUUUUAAAUAGCUGGCCCUGGCUGAUUAAAAAUAGGGGGAUGGCAUGUUGAAACCCUACAGGAAUUUGUAUGAUCCUGUACUUGCAGAUUUAGUACAGACACUGCAACUUCCUCCAACUGUGAGGCCUUUUGGGAGCUAAACAGUAGCACAGGAAGUGUCAUUUCUUGAGCAAACAGCAGUCAGUGUCUUUCGACAACAAUGGAGCAAGAGCUGCAGAUCGGUUUCCUUUCAGUUUAUGCUGUUGCUAAAUCAGAGGGAGUUUUUCAUUCAACUCUGGAAAGUUCCAGUGAAAUCCAAAAUGAAAGCCAUCUGAAUUAUGGAAGUGAAUGUCUCCUUCCUCCCUCUGUUGCACAAGAUGCCCCUGCUCCUUAUUCCUCGCCCCAUGAAGGACCCUCUAUGCCCUGCUUGGAGCUGAUGGACACAGCCACUGAAGAUGAAGAUUCAGGAGACUGCGGAAACAAAGUUUUACCUCCCCCAGCUGAUCAGCUGCCUGAAGGAGAGCACAAUGAUUCCAUUCCACUUCAGUCAGAGUGGAGCAUUCUCUCUAUUUCUGAGCAUGUAGCCAGAGAAGCCUUGAUACAGUACACAGCCAAUAAGUGCUGCUAUCGGAUUGCCCCUGCAAAACGUAUGGUGGUCCAGAACCUGACUCCACUCAACACAUUCAGAUAUCGUCUGCAAACCUUCACUGAAACCAGAGAAACAUUCCCGGUCAGCGAGCCUUAUAAUGGUGGAUUUGUGGACUCUUCUGAUGUUGCACCAGCACCUGCCCCGUGGGAAAUAGAAGUGGAUGCACCUCCUCUGUUUACGGACUGUGAAAUGCACAUUCCAGUGCCGCACACAUAUUCAGUACAGGAUUGUCGUAAUUGCCAAGGACGUGGUAAGAAUCAGUGCCACUCAUGUAGUGGAUCUGGAAAGAGAAGAUGUACAGCUUGUAAUGGGACUGGCUGGCAAGACACAUCCAAUCAGAGUUGUUUAUUUUGCUCAGGUUCAGGAAAGAGACGUUGCUUAAACUGUCAUGGAGGUGGUUGGCAGAAAUGCAUUCGUUGCUCUGGAAAAGGCCUCUUGCUAUAUCAUUCUGAACUUACAAUCACUUGGAAGAACAGCGUUGCUGAAUAUGUUGUUGACAAGAAUUUUGGGUUUCCUAUUUAUCACCUGCAGGAAGUCACUGGGAAGGAAAUAUUUAGUGAUGAAAAUCAAGUGGUGUAUCCUCUAGUGAAUUUCCCUGAGCCGACCAUUGAUAGGGGUUCAGAAUCAUGCAUUGCGCAACACCAAAUGCAGUUUGCCUCCAAUAGUCGUAUAUUGAGACAGAAACAAACCAUUGAGCUGAUUCCACUCACCAAGGUGGAAUAUGAAUGGAGAGGAAAAGUCUAUUCCUUCUAUGUCUUUGGAAAUGAGAAUAAAGUGUAUACAGAGGACUACCCAGCAAAGUGCUGCUGUUCAGUCAUGUGAUUCACAGAUAGGUCCUAAGUUCUGCUAAGAAACACACCAUUGGGCACCACAGAAGAUCUGGAAUUAUUUAUUCUCCUUAAAGUGAGCAACUCCUUCCUUUCCAACUUUCACUGGACAGCAGAUCUAAACAUCUUCAUUCCCAUCAUUAUCACAGAGGGUGGUGGGUGUCUCUUUAUCAGUGCAGUAACGAUUCAUGCAGGUCAUACAGUACUUAAAUGAAACAACAGAACACCUCUCUAGUGCACCUCUACAUUGCUAAAUGUAUCCUUUAAAUUCCUAUGUAUGGAAUGCAUAUUCUAAAUGAUGGAAAUGUAAGCAGCUUCAGGUAGCUUUCUUACAGAGUUUGAAAUGAAGGAAUGUGAUCUGUAAUUUUCCAAAUACACUAUUACUCUGCAAUAGCUAUCAGGGUCAGGAGCAACAAGUGUGUAUUCCAUCCCCUGAUAAGGAUCUUCACAAGAAAGUGGGGGAUGAGAUUGUUCAGAGAGGGAUAGGUAGUUAUGUUAGCACAAGUCCAUGUGUAACCUACACAAGGGGAAUGAUAGUCUUUGUCUCCCUCAUCGUGACUGAGCCACACAACAGCCACGAGUCUGUUUUGAACUGCAGGAGUUACUCCUCUAGCUCAACUGAUAGCAUCUCAUGCUUUCAGCUCCAUAGGACUUGGGCUCAAACCACACUGUCAGCACAAGCAGGGUCAAUUACAGAAGGAUCUCAGAGGGCUCCUCACUAGGGUGGUCUGUUAAAAAAUUAAGAUUUAGGACAGACCUUUACACUGUGAGACCCAGAAGGUUUCUGUUGGCUAUCUAUUUACAGUGAGAGUUCCUCACAGCAGAGAACAUGAACUCCUCCGUGUCUUGGACAGCACCAAGCAUGCAACAGACACUUAAUUAAGAAAAUAAACACUGGAGUUGAGCUUUCUCACUUGAGGAUGAUGACUGCUCCUCUGCCCCGGGACUGUUCUAAGUGAAUGAUGGAAUAGCAACACUCUCUUCAAGCACUUCACAGACUGGUUAUAAUCAGACCUUUCUCCCUUGCCUUCAUAUUUUAUAUUAGAUGUUACUUCCAAGCAGUCAAUGAGGUUGCUGGCUACCUCCUGCUGAGGUGCAAAUCAUAUAGUUACUGUUGUCAUUGCCUGCAUUGUUUUCAUUGACUGAGGUGUAUAGCAAAAGUAACUCCAGUCCCUGGAAUGAUUGCACCUUUUGGUAAGUGACAUCAGACUCAGGCCCUAAAGCAGCACAACAAGUGAUUUGUCUUUGAAACCAACUCAUCUGUGUAGUUAAACGCCAUCCUUUUCAGACCCAAGAUCUUUGUCAUAGAUUAUGUCGGGGUAGACAGAGAAAGAGGGGCGGGGACUAGGAAACGUGUUGAGUGGAUAAAUGCCAACACUAAAGGCCACCAGAUUAGUAACUAUGAUAGUACUCCAAAGCCAUUGUAGUCUGUGUUGUUGUGUAACUGGGUACAGUUACUAGCGCAAGCUAACUGACACAAGCAAUUAUAAUAUGCAGUGUUGUUGUAGCUGUGUUGAUCCCAAGAUAUUAUAGGACAAGGUUGGUGAGGUCAUAUCUUUUUGUCCCAGAUCUGAAGAAGAGCUCUGUGUAAGCUCGAAAGCUUGUCUCUCUCACCGACAGAAGCUGGGCCAAUAAAUUAUAUGACCUCACCACCUGGUCUUUACAAGGAAUUAUACCACUGUCAAAACAAGGGUCAAACAUUUAGCCAAGUGAUUAUAGCCCUUGUAGCAGGAGAAGUAUGGAAAGAUGGAAAGGGGAGCUCAUUGCAAGGUUCGGUUUGGACAAAAAUUAUUCUCUCUGUUUUGGGUAUUGUUGCAAGGGAUUCAGAUUUAUCCCAAAUUGACACCAACUUGGCAAAAGGCUCAAGCUGCACAUUUCUUCCAUGCAGUAAACUCAAAACAAAACCGGAGAGUAUAAAUCAUACAGCAGAGCUCCUUUCUCUGGUCAGCAUAAGCCUCUCGUAUCUCCCUCCACUGACAGUAGCACCCUUCUUUUAAGGUCUUGAGCCUAAACAGGCUCAGCAGUGUCUAAAUUAUUCCAGCUUAUAGUACCUCUCUGAGCUACCCUUGAACAUGGGCUGGAAUUAAACUUCAACACCCCAGACUAGUCUGGUUUGGCAGGAUCUUCUUCUAGUGACACCACUGUGGUGGGGUAUGCCUUUGGACUCGGGGUCCCUUCAAGGGGGCAAAAUGAAGAUCUACAUACCCCUCACAGUAAACUGGUCAAUAUUUUCCUAUCAAACUGGUUUUUGACAGAAAAUUGGGUUUUUGCAGAAAACUAAUUUUUUUUGCAGAGAGUGUUUGUUUUCCAUGGAAAUUUUUGUUUUUCGCUAAAAUAUUUUGGUCAAAACCCAAAAGGUUUUGGCCAAAAAUGGGAGCUAUAGUAUUUCGUAGCAAAUGAUAGUUUGCUUCUCAUGGCCUCAUUCUACAUGCUAGCAUUCCCACAGGACUACAUCUUUCAUAAUACAUCACAGUCUCCCCACCAAUAAGGGAACACCUGUGUAACAUGGAAUCCCUGGAAAUAGUGCACUGUGGGAGAUGGUGUCCAGCUGCAGAACCUGGUACGCAGUGGGGAAUGGGGACACAAAGAGCAAACUACAAAUCCAACUCCCAUUUUCAGCCAAAACUCAAUAAUUUCCAUGGAAAAUGUAGAUGAAAAUGGAGAUUUUUUCAUUUUCAUCUAAAAUUUCAGUGGGACAAAAAUUUCAGACCACCUCUACCUCAUUGCCGUAAUGUAAGCAAUGGCAAAAUAUUACUAAUUAUAUGAUUUGUUUAGCAUUGGAAAGACUAGACACUAUAUUUUAAAUGGCUGAACACCCAAACUCUGUAAGGAAUAAAACACACGUGGGAAAUAUCUGGCAGAGGUUUUUUCCUUUCUGAUGUGAAAUAUUUAUCUAGCAUUUGUGCCAUAUCCAUCCUGCCAAACCCAAACAUUCAAAAUUCAUGAGUCCCCCCCAUAAAGAAAUGUAAAUAAA